UACAAAGACAUGUCAAUGAGACAGAGCCAGCGUGCCAGGAGAGACAGUGGAUAUAUUACUAUGUUGAAGGGUUUGGGUUAACUGAAAAACCAAGAGAAGAAGGAUUUGUGCAGCAAGCAUAGUAUUUAAAACCAGAAAAGAAAACGUGACGGAAGGAGAGAGAGAAACAUCUACCAACCAAGAAAGAAGACAUGUCUGAAAAUGUCUUAUUGGAAUGUGCCACUGGGAGCCAGGCUGCAGAUCAGGCAACGAUGAAGUUCCAAGACACUAUUUUUUACUCAGAUGAAGAUAGCAGUCUGUAUUUCACGUACAGUGGUGAAUCAAACAUUCUAGAGGUCAACGAACUCAACUAUCAGGUUAAUGUGGCAGCUCAGAUUCCCUGGUAUGAGAACAUAGCAGAAUUGAAAAUGCCAUGGACAUGGAGCAGAGGCCCAGAUUCUCAUGUGUCAGCAAUCCAGAAUCUGAAUUUUAAAGUUCAAAGCGGUCAGAUGAUAGCUAUUAUAGGAAGCUCUGGCUGUGGAAAGACAUCUUUACUUGAUGUGAUAACCUGCAGGGAUCAUGGAGGGAAGAUUCAAUCUGGCCAAAUCAUAAUCAAUGGAAAGCCCAGUACUCACCAGCUUGUUAAGAAAUGCGUUGCACAUGUGCGACAGGAUGAUCGACUGCUUCCCAACCUGACUGUCAGAGAAACGUUGCUGUUUGUUGCAAAACUACGUCUUCCAAGGUUUUUUUCGGAUUCACAAAGGGAAAAAAGGGUAGAAGAUGUUAUAGCAGAACUGCGGUUACGACAGUGUGCAAACACCAGAGUAGGGAAUGAGUACAUUCGUGGUGUUUCAGGAGGAGAGAGGCGAAGAGUAAGCAUCGGAGUGCAGUUGCUAUGGAAUCCUGGAAUACUAAUUCUUGAUGAACCUACAUCUGGACUAGACAGUUUUACCGCACAUAACCUUGUGGUAACACUCUCCAGACUAGCAAGAGGAAACAGAUUAGUUCUUCUUUCAAUUCAUCAGCCUCGAUCAGACAUCUUCCAGCUCUUUGACUUAGUCCUUCUGAUGACUUCUGGAGUCACCAUCUACUCUGGAACAGCCAGAGACAUGGUCCAGUAUUUUACAGAAUUGGGUUAUCCCUGCCCAAAAUACAGCAACCCUGCAGAUUUUUAUGUUGAUUUGACCAGCGUUGAUAGGCAGACCAAAGAAAAAGAGCUGGAAAGUCAGAAAAGGGCAAGGAUGUUUGCUGCCUUGUUCCGGGAAAAGGUCAAAGAUUCUGAUGACUUCUUAUGGAAAUCUAAUGAAAGAGAAAUUACAACUACUGCUUCCAGUGAACAAUGUUCCCAUUUCCAGUCAGAGGAGCUGAUUAACAUCUGUUCCCAUUCAACUAACCAGUUACCAGGGAACAUCAAGCUGUUCACUAUAUUACUGAGGCGUCAAGUCUCCAAUGAUUUCAGAGAUAUUUCAACAUUAUUAAUCCAUGGGUGUGAGGCCCUUCUCAUGUCAUUAUUAAUUGGAUUCUUGUUCUAUGGUCAUGAGAAAAACAACCUUUCUAUUCAGGACACAACAGCUCUCUUGUACAUGAUGGGUGCAAUAACUCCUUUUGCAGUGAUUUUUGAUGUUAUUGCAAAAUGUCAUUCAGAAAGAGCUAUGCUUUAUCAUGAUUUAGAAGAUGGAAUAUAUUCUGUUGGUCCAUAUUUCUUUGCUAAGAUUUUGGGUGAACUUCCAGAGCAUUGCACUUUUGUAAUAAUCUAUGGGGUUCCCAUCUACUGGUUGGCAAAUCUCAGUCCUGUGCCAGAACAUUUCCUUCUGAACCUCUUGUCAGUCUGGCUAGUGGUUUAUUGUGCUCGAGGACUGGCGCUAUGGGUGUCAGCUCUGCUGCCAACCUUACAGCUCUCGGCCUUCUUAGGCAAUUCGCUUUUCAUAACAUUUUUCCUGAGUGGUGGUUUUGUGAUAAGCUUAGAAAACCUGUGGACAGUUCCAUCGUGGUUUUCUAAAAUAUCUUUCCUCAGAUGGAAUUUCCAAAGCCUGAUGCAACUUCAGUUCACAGGACUCACGUACCACAUGACAGUUGGCAAUGUUACCUUUCAAAUUCCAGGGAAACUUGUAAUUCAAGCUCUGGAUCUGGAUUCUCAUCCUCUCUACAUAAGCUACCUCAUCCUUGCUGGUAUCAGUACUGGUUUCAUACUGCUAUACUAUGUGUGUCUGCGGUUUAUCAAGCAGAAAUCCAAUCAAGACUGGUAA